AUGUCCAGAUCCGAAUUCCUCUUUGCAUCGCUAAACUCCAAAAGCCCUGACACCUCCCGGAAAGUGCACAUACGACGGCUUUACGAUGUCAUGCAACUCUGCAUCCAACGAGGGGACUAUGGAAGAGCCCGCAAGGCCUGGGCUAUCCUAGCGCGUUGCAAAGAAAUACACUGGAAGGCGAUGUGGACAACGGCGGUCCUCCUGCUGAUGUCGGAUAAGGAUGGGCAUGCUCAGAAUGAAGGCGCUCGGACUAUCGAUUUCCUGCGGUCUAUGAUGCUUCGUUACCCAGAGGAAAAACAAACCAUCCUACGAGAGCUAGUCCUGCGAUUGAUCCAAGCAGGAAGAUAUAACGAAGCACUUGACGAGCUAGACCUGUAUCUGCCUUCUUUCCCGUACCAAGACAACCCCGUCUUACACGCCUACGCGGGUCUAAUAUGCCUUUAUCUCUCGCAACCUCAAGGAGAAAGUCACACAGUCGACACGAGUUUCCUCCGCACGGCGAAGACACACCUGGAGCGAAGCAAAAUACUCGACCCGGACAACACCGUGGUGCAAGGGUUCUUGGAGAAGGCAUCUAACAGCCAAAAUCCUCAAGUGGGACCGCCCGACUCCGAUGACGAAAACACCAUGAACGUCGACAGCGACGGCCAACCUCGCAAACGCGUCCGCGCUUGA